AUGGACUCGGACUCCUCCAACAGCUCUCAGGAGCCCCCAAAUAACAGCACCCCAGGGCCCUACGAUGGUCCCCAGUGGCCCCACCAGGCUCCACGAAGCAUGUACCUGUCAGUGGCUGUGCUGAUGGGCUUCGUUGUGGUCACUGCAUCGGUUGUGAACGGCUUGGUCAUUGUGGUGUCCAUCAGGUACAAGAAGCUGCGGUCCCCCCUCAACUACAUCCUGGUGAACCUGGCCGUGGCCGACCUGCUGGUGACGCUCUGCGGCAGCUCCGUCAGCUUCUCCAACAACAUCAACGGAUUCUUUGUCUUUGGCAAGCGGAUGUGCGAGCUGGAGGGCUUCAUGGUCUCCCUGACAGGUAUCGUGGGGCUGUGGUCCCUGGCCAUCCUGGCCUUCGAGCGCUACAUUGUCAUCUGCAGACCUCUGGGAGACUUCCGAUUCCAGCACCGGCAUGCGGUCAGCGGCUGUGCCUUCACCUGGAGCUGGUCACUGCUCUGGACAACUCCACCACUCAUGGGCUGGAGCAGCUAUGUGCCUGAAGGUCUGAGAACAUCUUGUGGCCCCAACUGGUACACUGGUGGCAGCCACAACAACAGCUACAUCUUGGCCUUGUUUGUCACCUGCUUUGUGAUGCCCCUCAGCCUGAUUCUCUUCUCCUACACCAACUUGGUGAUGACCCUGCGCUGGGCUGCGGCGCAGCAGAAGGAGUCGGACACCACGCAGCAGGCCGAGCGGGAGGUGACGCGCAUGGUGGUCGCGAUGGUGAUUGCCUUCCUCAUCUGCUGGCUGCCCUACACCACCUUUGCCCUGGUGGUGGCCACCAACAAAGACAUCGUCAUCCAGCCAGCUCUUGCCUCCCUGCCCUCCUACUUCUCCAAGACCGCCACCAUUUACAACCCAAUCAUCUAUGUCUUCAUGAACAAACAGUUUCAGGGCUGUCUGCUGAAAAUGGUCUGCUGUGGUCACCAUCCCUGGGGGACAGGGAAAACUGCUCCCGCUGCUCCCAGACCCCAGGUGGGUGCCACUGCAGACCAGCUGCAGAAGAUGUCACCAUCCCCCCCUGUUUAA